AUGCUGCUCCCGUGCUCUGCGUUUUUGCCCUCCUUCUCCCGCUCAGAAAUUCUCGAGUACGCGCGGUGGCUGGGAGUGGAGCUCCUGGGGGAGGAGGAGCUUCUGUGGGUGGCCUAUCCCCUGUCAAUAUUGGAGUACGCGCGGUGGUUGGGGAUGGAGCUUCCGGGGGAGGAGGAGUUGCUGUGGGUGGCGCGGCAGGGGCUGAAAUCACCUCUGCCGCCCAACUGGAAGCCCUGUGGCACGGAGGACGGGGAGAUCUACUAUUUCAACUUCCAGACGGGCGAGAGCGUGUGGGAGCACCCCUGUGACGACCACUACCGCGCCGUCUACCACCAGGAGAAGGCCAGGCUGCUGCUCGCCCGCGCCCCUCCCCCCCCUGCUGCUGCCAGUGGUGCUAGUGGUGGUGGUGGUUCUGCUGCUGCUUCUGCUCGUGCUGCUGUGGCUGGCGGUGGGAGUGUGGAGGGUGCGGGGAGGAAAGGAGGCUUUUGGGGAGUGGCGGGGCCAGGGACAGGGAUGAUGGGGGGAGGAGGAGGGAUGGGUGGAGAGACGUAUCGCCAGCAGAAAGGGUCACCUGCGCGCGCCCAUGCCCAGCAGUCGCAGCUAAGGCCUCCGCAGCAGCAGCAGCAGCAGCAGCAGCAGCAGCAGCAGCAGCAAGCAACAACACGAAGCUCAUCCAGUAAAAAUUCUGUGAAGCUCUUUCACCAAACCUCCUGGUCCCCCGAACCUGGCUCGGUUCGUCAGUCUGCCGCGGCUGCCAGCCUGGCUCGGGCAGGCUCCGUUCCCGUUGUGGCGAAUGGCGUGAAUGGCCAUCCUGCUGAAACUGAGGAGGAGGAGGAAGAUUGGAGCAGCUCUGACGAUGGUGACGAUGGUGGCAGUGGUGAUGCGGCUGCUAAUGCUGCCGCUGCCGCUGCAGGCGGCGAAGGCGUUUACAGUGGGAAUGCUGCUGGUGGGAUAAACAUUCCUGCUGCUGCUGCUGGCUGUGGGGAAGCUGCAGAAAAGAGAGAGGAGGGGAAGGGGAGGAGGAGGUCUUUAGAUGGGGCAGGGGAAUGGCGAGGAGGAGAGCAAAGAGGAGGGGAACAAGGAGGAAGGGGACAAAGAGGAGGUGGGGGUGACAGUGGGAAGUUUAAAAGAGCCGAGAGUGGAAGUGGAGAUUCAAAAACCGUGCUUCGUCUUGGUGUUGUUGGUGUUGAUGCUCCCAGAAUCGGUGGCAGUGGGAGCUUUAAAAGGGCUGAUAGCGCUGAUUCAAGUGCCAAGGGUAUGCUUAAAGCUGAAGGAAAAGGAGGGAGUGAGAAAUUCAAGAGUGCUGAUAGUGCCGAUGCUAGUGCGAAGGGCUUGCUUAAAGCGGAGGGAGUAAGAAUAGGAGGCAGUGGGAGCUUCAAAAGGGCUGAUAGUGCUGAUGCUAGUGCUGCUAAGGGCUUGCUUAAAGCAGACGGAUCAGGAGGGAGUGAGAAAUUUAAGAGGGUUGAUAGCGCUGAUGCUUGCGCGAAAGGCUUGCUUAAAGGCAAGGAUGUGAGACGCGGAGGGAGUGGGAGCUUCAAGAGGGCUGAUAGCGCGGAUGCUAAGGGUGUUGUUCAAAUUGAGGCUUCUAGGAAAGGAGGCAGUUGGGAUUUUAAGAAGGAUUGUACGAGGAAGGAUAAUGGUGGGGAUAGUAAGAGGAAUGGCAGUUGGGAUCUUGCUAAGGGUAGUUUUAGAUGUGAAGAGGCAGGUGGGGAGGAGAGAGAAGAAGGAACAGAGUCUGGUCAGGAAGGGAUGGUAAUUUUGGACAUGGGUCAAAGCAAGGUAAGGGAAAAGGGAGUGUACGAGGAUGGUGGUGAUUUAAAGGAGAGACAUGAGUUGGUGUGGGAGGAAAUGCGGAAGGAAAUGCAGAAAGAAUUGCGAGAGGGUAUUGAGAAGGAGAGGGCGCGACUGUGGGAGGAGAUGCAGGCAGAUGUGAUGAACCAGUUGGAGAGCAGGAAGCAGGAGCUGUUUGCUGACGUGGCGAGGAAAGUUGAUGCUGACGUGGCGGAGGAGUAUGAGAGGAUCAGGCAGCAACGGGUGGAGGAGAUUAGGCAACAGGGCGAGGUUGAAGCAGAGGUUAGGGAAUACCGAGCCAAGUUGCUAGCUUCGGUAGAAGAGGAGGAGACGCGCUUGCGAGAGAAUUUAAGAGAGAGUAAGGCUCGGGAAGUGGCUCGGGCCGAGCGUGAGGUUCGGCGGCUGCAGGAGGAACUGGAGGUUCGGGCGACCCAGGUGCUAGACUCGUUCAGAACCGACCUGCAGGUUCGGCUGGAAGGGGAAAAGCUGAAGCUGAGAAGAGAGGCAGUGCGCGCAUUAGAGCGAUGGAGGGAGGAGCUUGAGAUGAAGGUUCAGAGGAAGGUUCAGGGCAUGAGGAUGGAUUUACAAAUGAAGCUGGAAGCAACGAGAAGGGAGAUGGAGGUGGUAAUGAGGAAGAAAGUGGAGGAGGAGAGGGUGUGGCGAUUGGAACGGCUGAGUCGGGAGUUGAGGGAAGAGGAGACCGAGCUGAGAAGAGUCUGGAAGGAGAGGAUGGAGAGAGAGAAGCAGAGGGUUCUGGGAGGUGGUGGGUCAAGGCGUUCGUUUGAUCUGACGGGAAAGGCAGCUCUGCUGGGGCUGGGGGGUGAGAGGAACGGGCAAGGCGUUGGGAUGAGGGAGGAGCAGAGGGUGCUGGGGGGUGUUCCGAGACAUUCUUUUGAUUUGACGGAAAAGUCCCCUCUGAUGCUGGGCGGAGUGAGAAACGGCCAAGGUGCAGGGUUGAACUUGAGAGAGGAUGAGCAGAUGAUGUUUGGAAACAUGAGGAGCCCGAGAAGGGUCGGAGGAGUGAUGGGGCAACAACAGCAGCAGCGGCGGCGGCAGGUGGGGGAGUCAUAUGCCGGGCAGGUGGAAGGAAGUGUAUUGGCCGGGGACUGGAUAAGUGGGGGCCGGAUUGGGCUGGGGUCAGGGGGGAGGAAAUUGAGGAACCGGGGGAAAAGCAGUCGGACAGUUGGGAGCGAAUCUGGUCAUGAUCGGACGGUGGAGGAUGCAUUGAAAACGGGGAGCGGCGGAGGGUACUACUCGCCAUGGGGCGAUUCUGGUUCGGAGGGACUGGGAGAGCUGGGGAAGGGGGAUCUGGGGAGGGCUCAUCUACGGGUGCGGUGCAGAGGGGUUGAAAGCGGUGGAGGGGCGUUUGACGAUGGAGGAAUCUCGUUCGGCGAGCGCGAGAUCAUGUUGAAACAAGCCAGGCGGUUUGCAGCGGAGCAGCGGCAGAGCUUGAAGGAGCGAGAGGGGGUGCUGGAGCGCGAGAUCAUGUUGAAACAAGCCAGGCGGUUUGCAGCGGAGCAGCGGCGGAGCUUGAAGGAGCGAGAGGCCGUGCUGGAGGCAGCUAGGAGGGACUGGAGGAGCCGUAUGGAGGCAGUUGAAGAGCUUGAAGGAGCGAGAGGGGGUGCUGGAGGCGGCUAUGAGGGACUGGAGGAGCCGGAGCUUGAAGGAGCGAGAGGGGGUGCUGGAGGCGGCUAUGAGGGACUGGAGGAGCCGGAGCUUGAAGGAGCGAGAGGGGGUGCUGGAGGCGGCUAUGAGGGACUGGAGGAGCCCUUGAAGGAGCGAGAGGGGGUGCUGGAGGCGGCUAUGAGGGACUGGAGGAGCCGUAUGGAGGCAGUUGAAGAGGUGCAAGGGAGCUUGAAGGGGCGAGAGGCCGUGAUGGAGGCGGCUAGGAGGGACUGGAGGAGCCGUAUGGAAGAAGAUGAAGAGCUAUCGGAUCUGGAUGAGAAGAGGCGGAAGGUGCAACACUUGAUGUUUAUCAAAGCAACGUUGGACCAGCACGAGAGGGAGUUGAAUGACGAUGCCAGGAGCGUCAAGCAGCUCAGAAAGAGCUUACUUGCUUUUUCCCGAAAUGCAGCUUCUGCUGGUAGUGGUGGCGGCGGUGGCGGCAGUGGUGGUGGUGGUUUAAGUGGCAGUGGUCUCUUAAGUGCCAGUGGUGGUCUAAAUACGGAGGAAGGGUUUUGGGCUGGGAGUAGGGUAGGGGGUAGGGAGCGAGUGGGCGGAGGGAUGGGAGGAGGGAUGGGAAGGGCGGUUGGUGGUAUUUCUGGAAAGUACUUAGGCAUCCCGCCAGGUGGCGGCGUGCGAUUGGAACAGAACCGCCCGUUGGUGAAUUUCCCACCUAGUGCCAUCGUGUCCCCAGCCUCGUCGUUUGCUUCGAUAACGAUCCAAGAGGGGAACCCGGACCUGAGCGACGUGAGCUACACCUCAGGUUCGGGGCUGAGAUUCCCUGCCGAAGCUGGUGCAGCGGGUGCAGCGGGUGCAGCUGGUGCAGCUGGUGCAGCGGGUGCAGCGGGUGCUGGGGGUGCUGGGGGCUCUGGGCGCGUUUCGUCUCCCUUGUCCUCUCCUGUGAGGCGAGAGAUUGGGAGGAGCAUGCUCGGUUUCGAGUCUCCUAAACAUAAUUCUCCCCUGCCUUCUCCUGUGCGGAAAGAGGUUGGAGGGAGCAUUUUUGGGGUGAAGGGUGAAGAGAGGAGGGUCGACGUGGGGAAGGGCACUACUGGUUUGACUGCUGCUGCUGCUGCUGCUGCUGCUACUGCUGGUGCUGGUGGUGGUGCCGUUGCUACUGGUGGUGCUGGUGGUGGUGCCGUUGCUACUGGCGGUGCUGGUGCUCGUGCUGGUGGUGGUGGUGAUGCUGCUGGUGCUGGUAUUGGCAGCAGCCAAGGGACUGGACUGAAAGCGCAAGGGCGAAGUGUGGGGGGCGGAAAAGGUAGAGGGGAAGCAGGAGGGAAGGUGGAGGAAAGCAGAGCAACGGCUGGAGAGGCAAAGAAGGCAAAGAACAACGCAAGAGGUGUUGCUGAUAACCCUCCACCGAGAAUGUCAAUAGCUGUGAAAGAGGGGAGGCGGGGAGAGGGCGACGGGAAGUGGGGAGAGGGAGGGGGGAGGCGGGGAGUGGGAGAGGGGAUGAAUGCAAGUGGCCAAGGAAAAAAUGCCACUGCUUCUAAAAGAGGGCCGGCUUUCGUUGGGAUGGCAGCAACAGCUGCAGCAGCAGCAGUGACAAGACCAAUGGAAGGCCAAUCAAUGCAGCAGUCAACCCAAAACGAGCCUACUCAAAAGCUGAAAGCUGGUCGUAGCGGCGCAAGCAGGGCUAUAGGGGGUGUGUCUGGUGGACAGUCGUUGGAGGCAGGGACCAAAGAGGGUGUGGUGGGAGGAGCAACUGGAGCAGGGACGGGUGCUUCGUGA